AUGAGGAGUAUCGAUUAUCAGGAGCUCAAUAAGACCUUCACUGUGGAAUCUUUACCUCCGGGGAAGAAUGUUGUGGGAUGUCGCUGGAUUUAUUCUCUUAAGUACAACUCUGAUGGAGCUAUUGAAAGACAUAAGGCUCGGUUAGUAGCUCAGGGUUUUACUCAGCAGAAAGGAGUGGACUUCACUGAUACUUUUUCACCAGUUGCUAAAAUGGCGAGUGUUAAGAUGCUAUUUGGCCUUGCAGAUAAACAUGGAUGGAGUCUUACUCAGAUGGAUAUCGAUUAUGCCUUUUGA